AUGCCAAAAGAUGAACGAACAUACACGGCGAGUGACAUACAAAUUCUUGAAGGUCUUGAAGCUGUUAGAAAACGCCCGAGCAUGUACAUCGGCAGUACCGGUCCCACUGGAUUACAUCAUCUUGUCACAGAGCUGGUUGACAACUGCAUAGAUGAGAUCGGUGCAGGCUACGGUACACAAAUCAACGUACAACUCCACCCUGAUGGUAGUGUUACCGUCUCCGAUGAUGGUCGUGGUAUUCCAGUUGACAUGCAUGCGACAGCGGGUGUCUCAGCACUUGAGGUAGUGAUGACGACGUUGCACGCUGGGGGUAAAUUCGACGGUCGCGAACAAGUCGGGUACCAAACCGCUGGUGGUUUACACGGUGUCGGUGCUUCUUGUGUCAACGCACUUUCUGAGUGGCUUCAGGUGCAAGUCCUGCAAAACGGUGAAAUCUAUGAACAACGCUACGCGCGUGGUAUCCCACAGACAUCUGUAGAAAAAAUUGGUACCAGCAAUAAAACAGGCACUCGUACCACGUUUAUGCCUGAUGCAGAAAUAUUUGAUACGCUUGAUUUUUCAUACGAUAUUCUUCGCGACCGGCUCAGAGAACUCGCUUUCCUGAACAAAGGUAUAUGCAUUCGACUUAGCGACGCGCGCGAUGAAAAAAACUCUGAACCGAUCACCUUUCAGUACGACGGGGGUAUCGCCUCCUUUGUUACUUACUACAAUCAAAAUAAAGAGGUUCUUCACCCGAAACCUAUCUACAUAGAAGGUGUCCAAUCAGAUAUUGUAGUAGAGAUUGCCUUCCAAUUCAACACUACUUACUCGGAAAACAUAAGUUCUUAUGCCAACAACAUUCGCACCACUGAAGGUGGUUUUCACGAAAGUGGUUUCAAAAGCGCACUUACCCGUGCUUUCAAAACUUACGCCAGUGCCAAUGAUCUCUUGAAAAACGUCAAAUUAGACCUUACAGGUGAAGAUAUCCGCGAAGGAAUGACAGCGAUUAUCAGUGUCAAAGUUCCUGAACCACAAUUUGAAGGGCAAACGAAGUCGAAACUCGGAAAUACAGAGGUUGAGGGGAUUGUCCAAACUUUUGUUGGUUCCCGGCUCAAAACACUUCUGGAAGAAAAUCCGAGUGUCUCCAAACGUAUUAUCCAAAAGUCGAUUGAUGCCGCGCUAGCGCGUGAAGCCGCCCGCAGUGCACGCGAGGUGAUCCGCCGUAAAAGCGUCCUUGAUUCUGCUUCCAUGCCCGGAAAACUCGCCGACUGUUCUGAACGCGACCCAACCCGAACUGAACUUUUCCUCGUAGAGGGAGAUUCCGCUGGUGGUACAGCUAAGCAGGGGCGCGAUCGUCGGAAUCAAGCCGUUCUGCCUCUGAAAGGUAAAGGUAUCAACGUAGACAAGUCAAGACUUGACAAAAUACUUAAAAACGCACAAGUCAUUGACAUUGUAACCGCAUUGGGAACAGGUAUCGGUGCUGAGGAAUUCAACAUUGAAAAACUCCGAUAUGCAAAAAUCAUUAUCAUGGCAGAUGCUGAUGUUGAUGGUGCACACAUACGGACACUGCUUUUAACUUUUUUCUUCCGCCAGAUGCCAAACCUCAUCGCUUCCGGCCACCUCUACAUAGCCCAACCGCCACUUUACCAAGUCAAAAAGGGCAGAAAUUCACAAUAUUUGCAAGACGAUGAGCAGAUGGAAGACUACCUUCUUACCCUUGCACUUGAUACUGUGCAGAUAACAAAUGCUCGGCGAGGUGUCCCCUACACAGCAUCUGAGUAUCGGACAAUCUCUGAUGCUGUACGCAAGAUUCAGACGCUCCUUGAUCAAAUCAAGCGGAGUGGCAUAGCACCUUCGCAAUUCUCCAACGUUGAGCAACCUGCACAAGUUGCGGAGAACGGGGCAAAUGAAGCCGAGGCAUCCGAUAAUGUAGACAAACUACUUGCUAUGCUUGAUAUAUCUCCUUCUCGUAGGAGUGCCACUACAAUCGAAUCGCAAGAGACCCCCGAACAAGUAUCAUCCAGCACUAAUACGCAGACUAUGCUUUUUGAAAACGCGCCGCCGGCAGUGGAUCCUGAAAUUGUGGUCGAUCCGACACCACGGACUUGGCGGCACGAACUGCGGCAGGAACUUGAGAAACUCGCCGAGUUUCACAUCCAAGACAUUGACUUCAUGGUUUCCAGAAAAGACAGACGACCCAAGCAACUCAGAAAAUCAAAGGUUGUUUAG